AACGAAAACGCCACACCACUCCUUUCCCUUCCCACCCUCCACCUAUAAAAGCCCUUGCACCACUUCACUCCCAUCACAACCAAGCAUUGAUUCAUUUCCAUUAAAAGAGAAAGAAAAAAAAAUAAAAAGAAAUUUUACAAAAAUGCCUUCCUCUUCCACCACCAUAGUCUCCAAAUGCGUGAUCCACCCCGACUCGAAAUCAAACAUGAAACCCUUGAGACUCUCUGUUUCUGACCUUCCAAUGUUGUCAUGUCACUACAUCCAAAAGGGCGUGUUACUCACCGCCCCGCCCUCCUCUUUUGACGACUUAAUACUUUCUUUUAAACACACUCUUUCUAUCGCGCUCUCUCACUUUCCCGCUCUCGCGGGAAGGUUUGAGACCGAUUCCAACGGUUACGUUAAUAUUGUAUGCAACGACGCUGGCGUUGAUUUUAUUCAUGCUAAAGCAAAACACCUGACUUUAAACGCCGUCGUUUCGCCGUCCCUCGUUGAUGUUCACCCUUGCUUCAAGGAGGAGUUUUUUGCUUACGACAUGACUAUCUCCUACGCCGGCCACAACACACCCCUCGCCGCCGUCCAGGUGACGGAACUCGCCGACGGAGUUUUCGUCGGCUGCACCGUCAACCACUCCGUCACCGACGGCACCUCGUUUUGGCACUUCUUCAACACCUUUGCCGCCGUCACCAAAGGCGGCGCCGCCAAAAAAGUCCUCCGAGCACCGGACUUUACUCGCGACACCGUCUUCAACUCCGCCGCCGUCCUCACCGUCCCCUCCGGCGGCCCCGCCGUCACGUUUGACGUAAACCAGCCACUCCGGGAACGCGUCUUCCACUUCUCCCGCGAAGCAAUUCAGAAACUCAAGCAAAGAGCCAACAACACCGUCAACAACGAACUAACGGAAGUUAUGGGAAAACAAGUAAACGACGGUUGGAAAAUCGUUAACGGUAACGGAAAAAUUAACGGUAACGGAAGAAACGAGAUCUCGUCGUUUCAGUCGUUAUCAGCUCAGCUCUGGCGAGCGGUGACACGUGCGAGGAAAUUCAACGACCCAGCAAAAACGUCGACGUUUCGGAUGGCGGUGAAUUGCCGCCACCGUCUAGAGCCAAAGAUGGACGCGUUGUACUUCGGCAAUGCGAUCCAGAGCAUCCCGACGGUGGCUACCGUCGGAGAAAUCCUCUCGCGCGAUCUGCGCUUCUGCGCAGAUCUUCUGCACCGUAACGUCGUCGCGCACGAUGACGCUACGGUGCGCCGCGGCAUAGAGGAUUGGGAGAGCGCGCCGAGGCUGUUUCCCCUCGGAAACUUCGACGGCGCGAUGAUCACCAUGGGAAGCUCUCCACGUUUUCCCAUGUACGACAACGACUUCGGUUGGGGUAGACCUGUUGCGAUUCGGAGUGGGAAAGCGAACAAGUUCGACGGAAAGAUUUCCGCGUUUCCAGGGAGAGAGGGAAACGGCAGCGUCGAUUUGGAGGUCGUUUUGGCCCCGGCCACCAUGGCGGGGCUCGAAAACGACAUGGAGUUUAUGCAAUACGUAACGCAGGUCGUUUGAAUAAGUUUGUUCAUUAAGUUGCUGCACAGUAGUAGUGAUAGUGAAAACUCGACGAGGGAGUGAAAAAAAAAUAUAAGUCGGUGAUGAAAUUAAGGACAGGGAAGGUGGGUGAUUGCACGACAAUAGUACCAUGGGGUGUGGGCGUCGUUUUGUGUUGGUCAAAGGUCAAACGUUCGCAGGGUGGGGUCUCAGUGUUUUUUUUAUCUAAGGCUGUGUUUGGGUGUUUCGGUGGUUGGCCCUACUGAUAUAAUGGUUUUCUGAACGUGAUUCCGGGGAGGUUUUUCAGGUGACCAAUACUAGGACGAAAUGAUAAUAAAUAAAUAAUAAUAUGGAUGAUGAUGACGAUGAUGAAAAAUGGAAAUUGGAAAAUAAAAGGAAAAUAUGUUGAAGCCAAAAUAGGCUUUUGGAAUUUGGAGUUUUCGUUUAGCUGUUUUGUAAAGUGUUCGUUCUGUGUUACUUUUUCCUUUAUAUAAUUUAAUUAUUAUAUUAUUAUUUUCAUUUGAGAA